UCACGUUGUUUCCCUUCCAGGAGCAGGGCACCCCAUGAAGCCGCAUCGCCUGGCACUGACCCACAGCCUAGUCCUGCACUACGGGCUCUACAAGAAGAUGAUCGUUUUCAAACCCUAUCAGGCAUCCCAGCAUGACAUGUGCCGGUUCCACUCUGAGGAUUACAUAGACUUCUUGCAGAGAGUGAGUCCCAACAACAUGCAGGGAUUCACCAAAAGCCUCAAUGCCUUCAACGUGGGUGAUGACUGCCCAGUGUUUCCAGGCCUCUUUGAAUUUUGCUCUCGCUAUACUGGAGCCUCCCUGCAGGGAGCGACACAGCUGAAUAACAAGAUCUGUGAUAUUGCAAUAAACUGGGCUGGGGGCCUGCAUCAUGCCAAAAAGUUUGAGGCUUCUGGAUUUUGCUACGUGAAUGACAUAGUUAUUGGCAUCCUGGAGCUGCUUAAAUACCACCCACGUGUUCUAUAUAUUGAUAUCGAUAUUCAUCACGGAGAUGGUGUCCAGGAGGCUUUCUACUUGACGGACCGUGUCAUGACAGUGUCAUUUCACAAAUAUGGGAACUAUUUCUUUCCUGGUACAGGUGACAUGUAUGAAGUUGGUGCAGAGAGUGGUCGUUAUUACUGUCUCAAUGUGCCUCUACGAGAUGGCAUUGAUGACCAAAGUUAUAAACAUCUCUUCCAGCCAGUCAUUAACCAGGUGGUAGACUACUAUCAACCCACCUGCAUAGUACUGCAGUGUGGUGCUGAUUCUCUGGGUUGUGACCGUUUGGGUUGCUUUAACCUCAGUAUACGAGGACACGGAGAAUGUGUGGAGUAUGUAAAGAGCUUUAAUAUCCCCUUGCUGGUGCUGGGAGGAGGUGGCUACACAGUCCGCAAUGUGGCACGAUGCUGGACUUAUGAAACAUCACUGCUCGUAGAUGAAGCAAUUAGCGAAGAGCUCCCGUACAGUGAGUACUUUGAAUACUUUGCUCCAGACUUCACCCUUCAUCCUGAUGUCAGUACAAGGAUUGAGAAUCAGAACUCCAGGCAGUACUUGGAUCAGAUCAGGCAGACGAUAUUUGAGAAUCUGAAGAUGCUGAACCACGCUCCCAGUGUGCAGAUCCAUGAUGUCCCUUCUGACUUGCUCAGCUACGAUCGCACAGAUGAACCUGAUCCAGAGGAAAGAGGCUCUGAGGAAAACUAUAGCAGGCCUGAAGCUGCCAACGAGUUCUAUGAUGGUGACCACGAUAAUGACAAAGAAAGCGACGUUGAGAUCUGAGGGCUCUGAUGUGGGACUUUGGACUAUGAGGGGUCCCGCAUUGGACAUUGGUGCUUGGUGCAGUGAACUGGGGCACAAGUGAGCCGGCUCACCCUCCCUUCAUAUUUGAUUGCAUGUUGUGGUAGCAGAAACAGCACCAUUGCGGGCUUCUGCUACCUGGAGAAGCAGAGAGCGGUGAAAUGUGGUCCUUACGGUCUGCCAUGUGUCAGGGUUCCACAUGUCACCACUCUGGGAAACGGAGAUCCAAGUAGCACUCAAAUCUGUGCUGUAAACUCUGUCUGGCAGCCAUUCAACUACCUUCAGAGCCUGAUCUGCACUGGUUCGGUCAGCUCCUUUAACUCCAGUGCUGGCUGCUUUCUGCCAGAAAGGUGGGAGCUGGAGCGCUUGUGCCUAGAAUAUCUGCCUCUCUUCAGCAACAACACCGGAUACAUCCUGGUUUCCCCAGCCCUCUACUCAGGUACCCAAUCGAUUAUCCUCUGAAGCCUGCACUGAGGGUUGCCUCCCGAUAGCCUUUCUAACUAUCUGACGCUCCACAGCUCGAGGAAAACCAUUCAAGAAGACAAGGCCAGUUCUGGGCUGGGGCUGGGGAUGUGACUGGAGCAGGGAGCAGCUUGAUGGAGCAGGGUAGAAGAAUGUAUGCAGAGUACGGUCUUGUUCAUUCCUCCCAUACUUAGUUUUGAAUUCAGAAACAAGUACUGCAGCACUUGCUAACUUGGACCUAGCUCCCAUUUCUUAUCAUUCUUCAAGAGGCUAAAAUCACUGUGGAACAUAGGUUUGGUUGCCAAGGUCAGUACAUAAUGUGUCUUGCACCUUUAAUGUAGCUUCCGGCCAUGUUUUCCAAGUUCACACAUGCCCAUUUUAUGUGUUUGAAAAAGAUUUGGGCUGCUCACUUGGAGUGAAAAGCAUUCCUUCCUGACUGUGCCCAAGAGACAUCGCUCUGUUCAGGGGUGAGGGAAGCUGCUUCCUGUAACUCCUCUCCUCUUGCCCUCACAUAGCGAAGAGAUUUCUCUUCGCCAUCCCUGAAAUCUCAAACAUUGCUGCUCCCUCUCCUGAGUCAUCACCUGGCAUCUGUCACGGUUUGGAGAGUGUUGUUAGGGUGAGGGGAGGGGUUUAGCCUCUUACUGUCUGUACUGUUCUGUUUGUUUACUGAUGUCUUUAAACAUUAAAUCAAGAGGCAGUAUUUUUCUUA